GGGAGCAGGCAAAGAUAUCAGAUAGCGAGGCUGUGCUGCGUUGGUGCUCGGCGAGCGUGGCUGCAAUCCGUUUCAGUGUUCCGCUGGGUCCCGGCAGCUCAUGGCUGCGAGGGCGCCGUCAACGCCACGACCCUGAGACUGGACACACCAGGUAACGAAGGAGAGACAUGAGGGAGACGAUUAGAAGUGGUGUCAUGCCUAUGAAGCCACCUCUUCUCAGCUAAGAAUCCCUUGUUCGCACACACACACACACACACACACACACACACACACACACACACACAAGCGUUCCCCCCACAUCUAACGAUGGACCCCGAGCCGGAUCUCCCGCCCCCCUCCUCCGUGGACGACGAAGACGCCCCCGACCUGGAGUGUGCCAUCUGCUUCAGCCAGUUCGACAACGUCUUCCGCACGCCCAAGAUGCUCGGCUGCAAGCACACCUUCUGCCUGGAGUGCCUGGCGCGCAUGAACGUCAAGUCGGCGCAGCCCAGCUCCAUCCAGUGCCCGCUGUGCCGCGGCCACACGCCCCUGCCCAACCUCGGGCUGCCCAAGCUGGACACGGACUCCACCGUGCUCUCCUACCUGCCGGCCGCCAUGCAGCGCGUCUACAGCAUCCGCUUCAGCCGCAGCAAGGGCCGGCUGCAGGUCAAGCGGCCCAACGAGGGCGCGCCGUCCCUGGCCGCGCGGACGGUCAGCCACACGCUGGACGUGGGGCUGCCGGCCGGCAGCGGCGGCGGAGGAGGAGGAGGAGCCGGCGGGGAGGUGUCGGGUCAGGAGCGGGGCCGCGGCAGAGGGUGUUUGGCCAUGCUGCGGAGGCAGGCGCAGAGGCCACCCUGCCGGGCCUGCAUCAUGGCCACCACCGUCCUGCUCAUGGUGGUGCUCACCAUCGUGGUCAUCUUCCUCCUCUCGUCUCGACCGUAACGCUGUUACUCUCUCUCUCUCUCUCUCUCUCUCUCUCUCUCUCUCUCUCACUCUCAACAGUGAGACAGUGUCUCUCCCCAAGGGACGAGCAAAGACUUGCAAUCCAGCAUGUAUGGUGAUCAAUUUGCCCCAGCAUUGGAAAAACAGGACAGACGGAUACAACUGUACCCGCCUGCACAGGGGCUUGCCAUAUUGCCAUAUACUUUUAUCAUGGACUGGUUGUGGAGAAAUGUCAUGUACAUGCAUCUAUAGCACUUUUAUUCCUAAAGCUAAAAUGUUCUAUUUAUAUUUCUUGAAAUCGGCCAUAUAGGCCUGACUGAAAAGUUGUUCCGAGGGUGUCUUCUCCUUCAGGCUCUGGAAUGAUGGUGAAACUGAAACAGAGUAUAAGGGUCUUUUUUUUAUUGUAAACUGUGAAGUUCUAUUUUGCUUACUAUUAAAAUAUCUAUUCUCAGACAGAGAAACAAAGCCGUUAAAGCUCAUGUAAAGGAAUGCCGGUAACACUCCAUAAUGAGGGUCCUUAAUAGCAAACUAGUCAUUAACUAACCCUUUGUUAAUAUUUGUUGAUUGUUACUAAAAUAUCUGUUUUUUUCAUCAUUAAUAUUAGUAAUAUAUAGCUAUCAGUAUGGGUCUCUCACACUGGAAAUGAAUGAUCACAAGGUUCACAAAGAUCCUGGAUAAAACAAAAUGGGCAAAGCUGAAAGAUUUAUGCGAAAACCACACAAAAGGUGAUGCUCAGGUUCAGACAAAAAUAGAUGACUAAUGAAUUAAUGAUGACAUUGACUUGUGGCAAAUAGAUAUUUUAGUAACAAUUAACAAAUAUUUACAAAG